AUGAUACCAAUCGUGCGGGGGCCCGUGCACCUGAAUUCUAAUGAGGCCCACCUGGGUAUAUAUGAGCUUAAGCUCGCGCCUUCAGUCGCGAUUUUUCUGAAGUUAUCUGUCCGUCGCGCAGAUUUCAAGAUGACAUAUUCGGGAAAGCUGCUAUUUUCUGUCCCCGUAUUCCUGGCAUUGCUGGCGUACGGAGCAACCGAAUCUCCAAAGUUGGUUUGUUACUUCAGUAACUGGGCUAUCUACCGGCCGGACGUAGGCAGCUAUGGCAUCGACGACAUCCCCACUGAUAUGUGCACGCACGUUAUCUACUCCUUUAUCGGUGUGAGCAACGUGACGUGGGACGUACUCAUCCUCGACCCUGAACUCGACGUCGACAAAGGUGGCUUCAAGGACUUCGUCGCCUUGAAGCAUAAACAUCCGCACCUGAAGACUCUGGUCGCCAUCGGUGGGUGGGCCGAGGGUGGCAGGAAGUACAGCGCAAUGGUUAGUGAUCCAGCCAAGCGAAACUCGCUCAUCAACGGCAUCGUCAAUUUCAUGCAUAAGUACGGAUUCGACGGUUUCGAUCUUGAUUGGGAAUACCCGGCUGCUACCGACAGAGGCGGCACUUUCAGCGACAAGAACAACUUCUUUUACUUUGUCGAGGAGUUGAGGACCGCGUUCACCAAGGCGGGAAAGGACUGGGAGAUUACCAUGGCGGUGCCGAUGGCCACCUUCCGUCUCAACGAAGGAUAUCAUGUGCCGGAGUUGUGCGAGUUGAUCGAUGCCAUCCACGUGAUGUCUUACGACCUUCGAGGUAACUGGGGCGGCUUCGCAGACGUCCACAGCCCGCUGUAUAGGAGACCUCACGAUCAGUACGCCUACGAAAAACUGAACGUGCACGACGGUCUUCAACUCUGGGAAGACAAGGGUUGUCCCGCCAACAAGCUGGUCGUAGGAAUCCCGUUGUACGGGCGUACCUUCACCCUCAGCCAGGGCAACAGUAACUACAAGCCCGGAACUUAUAUCAACAAGGAAGCCGGCGGCGGCGCGCCCGGCAAGUACACCGCGGCCAAAGGAUUCUUGGCUUACUACGAGAUCUGCAUGGAGCUUCAGGACCCAAAUAACGGAUGGACCAAAGAUUACGACGACAUCGGCAAAGUGCCGUACGCGUACAAGGGCACUCAAUGGGUCGGCUACGAAGACGUCGACAGCAUCCGCUACAAGAUGGACUUUAUCAAGGAGAAGCAGUACGCCGGCGCCAUGGUCUGGGCUGUCGACAUGGACGACUUCAGAGGACUUUGCGGUGACGUGAAGAACCCCCUCAUGACCGCUAUUUACAACGGCCUGAAAGGAUACACGGUACAACCCAAGAAAUACGACACCACCCCCAGGCCCGACUGGGAUAGACCGCCCAGCACGCCAGCCCCGAACGGCGAGACCAGACCAACCACACAGGCACCCCCAAGGCCCACUGAGCAAACUCAGAGACCUACCCAGACACCUACCGACCGACCAACCAUGAAUCCACCAGUCGAUGACGGCGAGGUCGUUUGCAACGGCCAACAUAUGAUCCCUGGCAAGGAAUGCUCGACGUAUUACCUCUGCAACCACGGCAAACCCGAAAAGCGUCAGUGUCCACCCGGUUUGAUCUUCCAAAUAUCCAAGUUGAUCUGCGACUGGCCGGCUAACGCCGAUCGCUUGGAAUGCAAGAAGUGAUCUGUGAUCCGGUGAUUUGAUCCUACCGAUUUCUGCACCUUUUACCACCGUUUUUCGUCAGCUCAUGGAUCGCGGAGAUUCAUGGGGGAUUUUAUCAUGUAAUAAUUUUAUACGAUAAGAAUCCGUUACGUUUUAUUAUCUGCUGUCGCGUAUGAGAACGUGUGCGCGUGUGCGCAUGUGCAUUCAUAAGUUGAUGUGGAGCGACAUCGCCGCGAGGCACAAUAAAUCAUGCGCGGUUCAACAAAA